ACGACCCAUAAACCCAUCCUUCACUCAUCAGUGCUCACUCUCCAGCUCUCAGCAAACACUGCAAGCGAGAGCUAGCUACCAAAGACAAGGACACAAUGCCACCCUUACCCAAGAGACCCGGGCCUCUCCUUGUCCUCCUCGUUGUCGCAUUCGCGGCCGCCGCCGCCGCCUCCGACGCCACCGACGCGACCGUCCCCUUCUACCCCUCCGCGGAGGCCGCCGCGGCCGCGCACUGCGACGGCACGCUCUACCCUGACGUCUGCCUGUCCACGCUGGCCGACAUCCCGGACCUGCACAAGAAGCCCCUCCCGGACGUCAUCUGCGCCGCCGUGAACCGCACCGAGGACGUCGUGGCGGCCACCGCCUCCAACUGCUCCUCCUACCUCCGGGAGAGGUCCCUGACCGCGCGCGACCGCCUCGCCCUCAGCGACUGCCUGGAGCUCCUGUCCACCAGCAUGGACGAGCUCCAGGCCACGGUCGCGGACCUGGAGUCCCCCGCCGCCACCGGCGGCGGUGGCUCGGCGUCGUCGUCGUCCGCGGUGGGCGCCAGGCGCGUGACGAUGGACCACGUGAUGACGGUGCUCUCGGCGGCCAUCACGAACCAGUACACCUGCCUGGACGGGUUCGCGUACCAGAACGGCGGGCGCGUGCGGCGCUACAUCGAGCCGACGCUCCACCACGUCUCCCGCAUGGUGAGCAACUCGCUCGCCAUGGCGAAGAAGCUGCCCGGCGCGACGCCGUCGCCGCCAUCGCCGGCGGCGGCGCGGCAUCCGUUCAUGGGGUACGGGCAGAUGGUGAAGGGGUUCCCGCGGUGGGUGCGGCCCGGGGACCGGCGGCUGCUGCAGGCGCCGGCGUCGGGCAUCGCGGCGGACGCGGUGGUGGCCCAGGACGGGAGCGGGAACUACACGACGGUGUCGGCGGCCGUGGCGGCGGCGCCGACCAACUCGAAGCGGCGGUACGUGAUCUACAUCAAGGCCGGGGCGUACAUGGAGAACGUGGAGGUCGGGAAGAAGCACGUCAACCUGAUGUUCGUCGGCGACGGCAUCGGGAAGACGGUCAUCAAGGCCAGCCGCAACGUCGUCGACGGCUCCACCACCUUCCGCUCCGCCACAGUCGCUGUUGUGGGCAACAACUUCCUGGGCCGCGACCUGACGAUCGAGAACUCGGCUGGCCCGUCCAAGCACCAGGCGGUGGCGCUCCGCGUGGGCGCCGACCUCUCCGCCUUCUACCGCUGCAGCUUCGUGGGGUACCAGGACACCCUGUACGUGCACUCCCUCCGCCAGUUCUUCCGCGACUGCGACGUCUACGGCACCAUCGACUUCGUCUUCGGCAACGCCGCCGUCGUGCUCCAGGCCUGCAACCUCUACGCCCGCCGCCCGCUGCCCAACCAGAGCAACAUCUUCACGGCGCAGGGCCGCGAGGACCCCAACCAGAACACGGGCAUCUCCGUCCACCGCUGCAAGGUGGCGGCCGCCGCCGACCUCGCCGGCCGGGAGGCCUCCACGCGGACGUACCUGGGCCGGCCCUGGAAGCAGUACUCCCGCACGGUGUUCAUGCAGUCGGAGCUGGACUCGCUCAUCGACCCGGCCGGGUGGCUCGAGUGGAGCGGCGACUUCGCGCUCGACACGCUCUACUACGGCGAGUACAUGAACACGGGCGCCGGCGCCGGCACGUCCGGGAGGGUCAAGUGGAAGGGGUACCGGGUGAUCACCAGCGCGGCGGAGGCCAGCGCCUUCACCGUCGGGUCAUUCAUCGACGGCGACGUCUGGCUCGCCGGCACGUCCAUCCCCUUCACCACCGGCUUGUGAGCGCUGGCCGGCCGGCGAUUAUUCAUCAUCAAUCAUCAGUUGAUCGAUGCACGCUGCUGAUGAUUCACAUACAGUGGGCUCUGGGGAAGAUGUGUGUGUGUGUGGCAAACAAUAAAUGGGUACGGUGGUGGCGUGAUUUAUUGCGGCAUUGAGAGGUACGGUGUGGAAAGGCACCCAUAGAUGCAUGGUUCGGUCGGUCGUGUUGCGUUGUUGCUGCCGUCGUUGAUUCUUUCUGUACUAGUGCAUAGCGCGCGCCUGUAAACUUUGCAUCAUUCCUUGUAAGACAAUUUGUAUUUAAUUUUAAACUAUUAUAUCAAAUGCAUCACGUUAACAA